GCAGUCUCUGGUCAUCUCCUGUACUGUGUCCGCAGUCUCUGGUCAUCUCCUGUACUGUGUCCGCAGUCUCUUGCAGUCUCUGGUCAUCUCCUGUACUGUGUCCGCAGUCUCUGGUCAUCUCCUGUACUGUGUCCACAGUCUCUGUCAUCUCCUGUACUGUGUCCGCAGUCUCUGGUCAUCUCCUGUACUGUGUCCGCAGUCUCUGGUCAUCUCCUGUACUGUGUCCGCAGUCUCUGGUCAUCUCCUGUACUGUGUCCGCAGUCUCUGGUCAUCUCCUGUACUGUGUCCGCAGUCUCUUGGUCAUCUCCUGUACUAUGUCAGCAGUCUCUGGUCAUCUCCUGUACUAUGUCCGCAGUCUCUGGUCAUCCCUGUACUGUGUCCGCAGUCUCUGGUCAUCUCCUGUACUGU